GUCAGGUCAAUAAAUCAUAUAUGUUUAUGGAGCCUAUUCAAGAUGUCGAAGUACCUUGAACUUUUUAGAAUCUCGAAGUACCUUGAAAAAUUCUCAAGGUUCGCACGAGUCAUUAAGGAAAAUGGUGGUUUGAAAGCAUCAUACCUUCAGUUUUUUAGAACUGAUGAACUGAAAACAGGGACACUUGUUGGAGAAGACAAAUAUGGCAAUAAGUACUAUGAAAACAAAAUGUAUUUUAUGGGCCGUAGCCGAUGGAUAGAUUACCCUCCAAGUGUAGGUUUUGAUUAUGAUGGAAGCCAGAUUCCAGCUGAAUGGCAUGGCUGGCUACAUUAUGUUCAUGAUGAUCCACCAACCGUCAAAAAGCCAGUCAAACGUAAAUGGAUGAUGGAUCACAUUGAGAACACGAGUGGAACUCCACAGCAAUAUGUGCCCUACAGUACGGUUCCACCGAAAAUACAUUCAUGGAAACCCCACAGUAGCUGAAACAUAACUUUGUGUGCUUUUUUUGUCUUUAUUUUUUGUUUCGUAUUUACAAUUUCCAACAGAACUUGUUCGAUGAAAUAAUGCUUAACAACUAGAUAUUUAUUCUUGAGCAUUAUUUUAAUAGGAAGAUGAAGUGUGUAGAGAUAUAUUUUGUUGUUGUGUAUGUUUUGCGUGCACUUAAUCAAUAAAUAUAUUACAGGAAAACACUACUGUUGAUAAUCCAUCUUAAAGUAUAUUAUAUGUAGCAGACCAGCUCAAGAAAAACACUUUCCAACUCUUCACAUCGAAACAGUUUUAAGUCUUCAGAUACACAGAGAUCAGGGAUUUUAGUUUUAAAAUACUUAACACUGCAUAUGGCUAUCUAGCCUAUGGUUAUUUCCUUCUGGGUCAAGGGCAUAUCUUUUUCCUUGUUUUUUCCCCAUGAGGUGGGGGUACAGUGGGGUACGGGUGGCAUUCAAAUGUAUUCUUUAUUGUUGGAUGUACAAAUAAGGGCAUACAGAUGUGCAAGCAACAUCAGCAGCAAUGGGUGUUGACGCCACGAAUCUGGAACUUUGUAUUUACAGAAUGAAUUAUUCUGUAUUAUGACAAGUUUGUAAAUAAUAGUUUUGUGAGACAUUUUAAGAAUUUAAAAAACCCUGGCCUAAGACCUCUUAUGUUUGAUAUCUACAUCAAUUUUGGUUUCUUAAAAUUGAUUUGCAUGCAUGUGUAUAUAUGAAUCAUUGGCACAAGGUUCAACAUGUUUACCCUACAUAAUUUUCAGCUACUAUUAUUUUUGUAAACGUUAAUGUCACUACUUCCCCCAUCAAAUCUAAAACUAAAAAAUAAUGCCCCCACCCACUCCGAUUAAAUGGCAUCUUUGACUUCCGUAGCUGUAAAAACAUCUUUCCUUUGUUCCUUUGAAUAGGAUCUGUAUUGAAGAAUUUUAUUAGCUGGUGUUGACUUAGAAUAAUUACUGAUGGGAGUUUGUCACAGAAAUGUAUAUAAUAAACCUAUACAAAUU